GGGUCUGUGGUGUCCAUUCCAGUUUGGUUGAAUAAGAAGAGAGAGAACCCAUGUGGGUCUAAUGUUGAUUUGCGUGGACAAAAUUUGUGCUAACUAGUGCCAAGAUUGACUAACUCUGAAGCACUGUUACAACAAUCUAUAGAAUCGAAUCAUGUCUUUCUUUAUAAAGAAAAAAGGACCUCCAAAGGUUUUCAAAAAGAGCGAGAAUUCAGCCGGUUCAAAACGAAAGAAUGAUGGAGACACGGGAAACAAACUCAAGAAGAAGCUCAAUUCAAAGCACAAUGAAGAAAUCUCCAGCGACUCUGAAACAGAAGGCCCUGCAGUGCACAGAAAAAGGAGGGCCAAUGUCGAAGAAGAGUUUGAUGAGACUCCACAGGAAAAGAAACUACGAUUAGCCAAACUCUACCUUGACCAAUUGAGGGAUGAGGAAGAAAAGAAGGCAGAGGAAGAGUCUUUUGAGACUGACCUGAUAGCUGGAAGACUUCAAGAAGAAGUGCUUGAGCAGAAAGGAAAGCUUCAACGGAUGGUUGCAAAAGAUCUCCUGCCACCAGACACAUCAGAGAUUCGUAUGUUGCGAGGCCACAAGCUGCCAGUCACCUGUCUGGUCAUCUCUCCUGAUGACAAGCAUGUCUUCUCCGCUGCCAAAGACUGCUCCAUCAUCAAAUGGGAUGUAGAGAAUGGUAAGAGACUGCACACAAUAGCUGGUGGGAGGAAAGGAACAGAGGAUCGCCAUGUUGGACAUACAGCCCAUGUCCUGUGUAUGUCCAUAUCAUCGGACGGCAAGUACCUGGCAACGGGUGACAUUAAUAAGUUGAUCAUGAUUUGGGAGGCAGCAACAUGUAAACACCUGUACAAGUUCACAGGACAUAGAGGCCCUGUGUCGGGCCUGUCCUUCAGGAGGGGCACCCAUGACCUGUACAGUGCCUCUCACGACCGCUCCAUCAAGGUGUGGAACGUGGACGAAAACGCCUAUGUGGAAACCCUAUUUGGUCACCAGGAUGUGAUCACGGGGCUGGACAGUGGGAGUCGGGAGCGCUGUGUGACUGCAGGGGGGAGGGACCGCACUGUGAGGGUGUGGAAGAUUGCUGAGGAGUCCCAGCUAGUGUUCCAUGGCCAUGAGGGCUCCAUCGACUGUAUCCAGCUCAUUAAUGAAGAACACAUGAUAACAGGCGCUGAUGAUGGCUCCGUCUCCCUCUGGAGUGUGAACAAGAAGAAGCCCCUCAGCACGGUGAAGGCAGCCCAUGGGCGGCAUGGCGACGUGGGGCUGGAGCAGCCCUACUGGGUGGCAGCCGUGGCAGCUCUGCAGAACUCUGACACUGUAGCCUCAGGUUCACACAACUCUAAGGUGCAGCUAUGGAAGUGUGGCCAGGGGUUCCGUCACCUGGAGCCUCUCUUCAGCAUCCCUGUGACUGGUUUUGUCAACAGUCUGAAGUUCUCCAGCUCUGGAAAGUUCCUGGUGGCAGGAGUGGGACAGGAGCACAGGCUUGGUCGGUGGUGGAGACUGAAGGAAGCGAAGAACGGACUCUAUAUUAUUCCUCUGAAAAGACAACAGCCAGAGCAGGAAGAGGUCCAGAAUGGAGACGAGAAUGGGUGUAGCUGAUCUAUGUAUGCCUUAGCCUGUGUAUGAACAUUUAUUUAGAUUUUGUAAAUUAAAUUCUUUACACAAAUGCUAUUUGUAUUACCUAUCAGUUAACUACAGUAAACAGGGGGGGGCUUUUAAAAACGACUUUUAAAAAAUACAAUAAAAACUCAGUUGAGGAAUAGAAAAGG